AUUCAUUCCCUCCUCCACUGACUUCCCAUUUCUUUCCAGAACUGCAACAGAAGUCUCCAUUUCACCCUGCCCUCAGCAACAGGACACCACAGAGCUAGUCUCUGUUUAGACAUUAUUGAUCUUUGGGAGACAUUCCAUUUCAUGUUGCAAGGAUUCUUCUAUGUGUGCUCGAUGGGGCAGGAGUGGGGUGUCUAGCAAUGCGUCUGUGAGUAUUCUAGGUAAUGAUACCAUAAAUAACUUGAACUCCCACUGGUUGGCUUUUGGUCAUAAAGAGCUCACCAUUUCAAGUGCAGUCCUAUAUAAAAAACACUGAAGACUGGAGGCCACACAAACUGAGAUCUCUGCUACAUAAGGUUCUGGCUAUGGACCAGUGUCUCAACACAGCACAACAGCCCCUGUGUCCAGGGACUCCACAGGAGGAUGGCUUCUCAGGACAUUCAGUAGAGUCUGACAGGAUAGAGUCAUCUCUUCGUAGUAUCCAGAAAUUUGUUCCUACAGACUAUGCCAGUUACACACAAGAGCAUUAUCGAUUUGCAGGCAAGAAGAUCAUUAUACAAGAAUCCAUUGAGAGCUAUGGCACGGUGGUAUGGCCAGGGGCUACAGCUUUGUGCCAAUAUUUGGAAGAGCAUACAGAGGAAUUAAAUCUUCAAGAUGCUAAAAUACUUGAAAUUGGUGCUGGCCCAGGCCUUGUUUCCAUUGUGUCCAGCCUUUUAGGAGCUCAAGUCACGGCAACAGAUCUGCCUGAUGUUCUAGGAAAUCUUCAAUACAAUCUUUUAAAAAACACACUGGAAUGCACAGCUCAUCUACCUGAAGUGAAAGAACUGAUAUGGGGGGAAGACUUGGACCAGAAAUUCCCUAAGUCAAACUUUUAUUACGAUUAUGUCCUAGCCUCUGAUGUGGUCUACCACCACUACUUUCUGGAUAAGCUACUCGCUACCAUGGUGUACCUUUCCCAGCCAGGCACUGUGGUGCUUUGGGCAAACAAAUUCAGAUUCAGCACUGAUUAUGACUUUUUAGAUAAGUUCAAGCAAGUUUUUGAUACCACUCUCGUGGCUGAACAUUCAGAGUCAUCAGUCAAACUUUUUAAAGGUAUACUAAAAUGGGACUGAUAUAUAAAGAGCCUUUCAAAGUAUUGGUGUCUUAUGAGCUAUUAGAAGGUACAGUGUUCCUUACUGGUAUAGCUAGAAUUCAAGUGUAACUCAAUACCACAACUUUCCAGGAUGAUAAGAUUACAUGGUCAGUCUAAGUAUCUACAGAGAACACAGAAACAUGAAAGCUGACUUGCAAACUUCCCAAGAAUCUUACUUAGUUAAGUGCUUAACACAUUUUACAUAAAGAAUGUAAUGAACAAGUGGGUUCUUCCUUGUUUCUGCUGUAACUGUCUGGAUUUUACAUAUGCCAAUAUGCUUUUGACAUAAUUAUUAACACAGAACUUGACAAGGUCUUCGUAGCCCAGGGCAGCUUUGAAAUAGAUAUGCACCUGCCUCAGCCUCCAGAUUACAGGUGUGUGCCAUGGUGAUUGGCAUACUGUGAUUAGGACAUUAAUAUGGACUGUGGCAGGGGGAGGGUAACAAUGACUAAGGGUGCACAACAUGGAAACUGCUAGAAUGAGGAAACAGAUGUCUUAAGAACCUCUUUCGAGGUGUUAGAGAUAUGGCUUGGCAGUUAAGAGUACUUGCUAUGCAAUCACGAGGACUGGAUUGCAGAUCUCAGCACCCAUAUAACAAGUUAGUGUUCAGCAAACAACUCUUUACAGCUCUCAGGGAUCUGAUGCCCUCUUCUGGACACACUAACACAUACAUGUUACUAACACACUCAGACACAUAUGUAUCUUAACAAAAACUUCUCUAGAGAAUUUAUAAGUACUUUAUCUCAAUUACAUGUGACAAUUUCCCAUUAGACUUCUACAUUGCCUGUUUUUUUCUCUCUCCACAAAUUUCUGAUUAAAGUUCUUGUAACAUUAGAAAAGAAUGGAAUUACUUGUUCUCAUAAAACAUCAUAAAAAUCAAAAAUAAGUAUCACAGGGCUGGGCGGGGGAUCAGUCAAUAAUGUGCUUGCCACAUAAGUAUGAAGGCCUGGAUUCAAUCCUUCAGAACCAUAUAAAAAACUGGGCACAGCAGUAUACUCUUGCAAUCCUGGUGCUGGGAAGGUAGAGACAGGAGGAUCCCUAGUCUUGCUGGAUAGCCAGUCUUACCUGAAUUGGUGAGCUUCAAGUUCAGAGACCUCAUCUCAAGAGUAGACAGUGAUUGAAGAAGAUACCCAGUAUUCACCUCCGGCUUCCACACAAAUGUGAACAUAAAUAAACAUGCAUACUCCCCCCAUACAUUAGAGUUAAGUUUUUCUUUUGAGAAAGAAAAAACAAAAUUCUGACAACCAUUGUUACACACACAUAUGAAAUUAUGU